AAUAUCCCGUCGACGCGACGUAUUGCAUGUAUUGGGGUGCGUGAGAAAUCGUGUCCAUCAGAAUUUCGAAGAAUUCACCGAAAAUCACGAACUAACGGAGAUGGCUGCUCUACAGUUGUCAUCCAGGUUUGGGAUUCUCAAUGUCAUGGACGCUUCCCCUGACUUUGACGAUUCGGAGGAGGAGGAGGCCGACAUGGCUUUGGGGUCGGGUAAGCAAAAAAAAAACCAGCAGGAGAAACAGAAUAACAAAGAUGGCAAGGCAAGUAGGCCUGGCAACGCUGGUGGUAGCAGCGGCACGGAAGGCUCAAUGAGUGCCAAUGCCAAGAGACGCGCCAAGAGGAAGAAGAAUAAGCAAGCUGCGGAGCUACGAGACAUCGCCUUCAACCCUUCAGUUCCCAAGGGGGCUGUAGUAGGGAGUCCACCUACCAGUCCCCCAGCCCGAUUACCCCCUGGACUGGUCCUUCCAGAGGUCACCCCAGCCAGUCAGCCUGCCCAGUCCAGCCCCUUACAGCAUCUCAUUAGAAGUUCCGUCCAGUGGGAGGAGUGGAAGAGGAAAGAUAGGGGGGUUGUUAAAGACCAGUUUGAAGAUGAUCUACAGAAGGCCAUCUUGGCAAGCAAGAUAGAGUAUGAACGGCUGCAACAGUUCAUACAAGAAGUCGGCGAGGCGGUCACAGAAGAUGUCCCAAGUUCACCACUUGGAGUGAGCAGGAAGGAGCGGCGGAAGCAUUCACAAGGCAAGGACAAACCACACCCAAUGUCCCUGCAGGACUUCCAGGCUACGCAGUUGAGCAGCAACGGAGGGUUGGACGAGAUACAAAUACCCAAGAAACCAGAACCAGAUCCACAGUUCUUCAAAAGAGUGGAAAAAGAUACAGCUGAGAUAAUUACAAAAGAAGAGCGGGAAACCCUGCGAAAGAAAAAUCAGAAAUUGGCUGCUGAGAACGUGAGGCGGAUACAAUUUGAAGACAACCUGGAAAAGAGGGACCAAGAAAUAGAAGAAAUGAAAAGUGCCAUGGAGAAAAUGAAGGAGGAACUCACCCAAGUCAAGAAGAGAAAUAAACAGCUCUGCUUCAUGUUAGCCCAGGGAGAAAUGAAAGACAAAGCUGAGGUACUGAAGCAGGUCGAUGAACUUUCAGCAGUCAAAGAUGAACUCACGGCAGAGGUAGCAGAGCUCCAUGCAGCCUUAGAACAGGAACGUUCCAAAGUGUCCUCAUUGAAGGCCGAAAUACAAAGAUUACAAGAGAAGAAAAAGUGAACAGACAGAACAUACCCUGAUGCAUGAGUGCCUAGGAUUAUUGCUUUGCUUUUUGUUUGUAGGAUAUACAAAAACAAUGGGCCCUUUAUUCUUUUUUUUUAAUUACCACAUUUUCUAGCAAUAGUGUUUUAAGAAUGUGUAUUCUUGAGGUGUGCAUUACAUUGUGAUCAAGAAGCAGCCCCUCAUCAACCACUCGCAAGUUUUGAGAAUAUGGUCUUACGACAGGACUUUCCUUUUGGAAUCGGAUUUCACCUGGUAAAGUCUUGCAAGUUGAAUGCAAAGCUACUAACCAUAAGAGCUUCACUAGGCCUUCAGUUUAACCAACUUAGUCAUAAGAAGAUAUUCAUUGAGCAUUUAUUUAAUGCAAACAGGGAUUUGCCUACGGAAGAACUGUAAAUUAAAUCUUAGGAAAGAAGUUUAUGGGAAUAGGUCAUGCAACACUUGGCGCAAACAGGUUGGUGAUUUUUGCCCCUUUUUAUGUCAAUUGUGAAUGUUUUACUUGAAAUAAAUUGUUAAAAGUCUUUAUUCAGGAAAUGUGAAUCAUUAAGUUUAAAACCAUCAUUUAUUUAUCAUACAUCAUUAUUUCCUUAAAGUUUAAAUUUUUCUUUUCAAGACAAAGUUUUACAUGAAGACAAACGUUAAACAUUAAUCAGUCAUACAAGUUAAAAAUUGAGAACAAACACAUCAAAUGGAUAUUAUCCACUUAAGCAAUUUGUGAUGCCAUUUUCACUUUUGUUAUCGUGUUAAGCUAGGAAAGAUUUAUGUUAACAGCCUUGCAAUAAUACCGUCAGUAGUGAUAGCUAAAAACAAGACGUGUCUCAUUUUUAAACCUAAGUUUAAAGCAUAGCCAUUACUCUUGCUGUUAUACUGUUUCUAUUCUUUGAAACACAGUUAAAAGUUAAAUGUUAAUUUGUCAAUUAAAAGAAGAGGUUUUGGGCGUAUUCAUUACGGGA